UAACUAAGGGCACUCUCUUUUCUUCAUCUCCAACAACUAUUUAAUUUCUAUUUUUUAUGUUUGUUUUUCUACAAUCCGACUGUUCAAACUGCCCAUCAAUAAAAUAAAGAUUGUGGGCCUAAACGCAUAAAGCUUCACAUUUGAUCAACAUCUUUUUUCCUACUUAAUUUUUGUCUUCUUUUAGAUUAUUUCUUGACCUUACCGACUGCAACUAUGUCAGUCACCGCCAGUACACCGGCCGUCCGAACAUUCUGCAUCACACGAUCAGCUAAAAUGGUUUCACGGCCAAGAGUUGUAAUGGCCGUGGGAUCUAACACCAUUUCUGGAGCGUCAAUUUUAACAAAGUUACAGAAAGACUGUGCUACUCCUUUGCCAGUUUUGCGCCACGUGGCAGAUGCCAUGGCUGAUGAUAUGCGGGCCGGGCUUGCCGUCGAGGGUGGUAGUGAGCUGCAGAUGAUUCUUAGCUAUGUUGACGCAUUACCCACGGGAAACGAGAAGGGAUUGUUUUAUGCACUUGAUCUUGGUGGUACGAAUUUCCGAGUGCUAAGAGUGCAAUUAGGAGGAAAGGAAGAACGUGUAAUUUCCACAGAAUUCGAGCAAGUUUCUAUCCCGCCUGAGUUAAUGUUUGGCACCUCCGAGGAGCUUUUUGAUUUCAUUGCUUCUGUACUUGCAAAAUUCGCACUAAAAGAAGGUGGAAAGUUUCAUCUGCAGCAGGGAAGGACAAGGGAAAUCGGAUUCACAUUUUCUUUCCCGGUGAAGCAGACCUCAAUUGAUUCAGGCAUUCUAAUCAAAUGGACAAAGGGUUUUGCAGUAUCUGGAACUGCAGGGAAAGAUGUAGUUGCUUGCUUGAACGGAGCUAUGAAAAGGCAGAAACUAGAUAUGCGAGUGUCUGCCCUGGUCAAUGAUACAGUGGGGACAUUAGCCGGAGCCAGAUACUGGGAUAAUGAUGUCAUGGUUGCAGUUAUAUUAGGAACAGGAACCAAUGCGUGCUACGUGGAACGUGUAGAUGCUAUUCCUAAAUUUCAGGAUCCAAGUUCAACAUCUGGAAGAACGAUUGUGAACACUGAAUGGGGAGCAUUCUCUAAUGGUCUCCCUUUGACUGAGUUCGACCGAGAAAUGGAUGCUGAGAGUAUCAAUCCCCGUGAACAGAUAUUUGAGAAGACAAUUUCUGGUAUGUAUCUUGGUGAGAUUGUAAGAAGAGUGCUGCUCAGAAUGGCUGAAGCUGCUCACUUAUUUGGGCACUCAGUUCCCGAAAAAUUACUAAUGCCAUUUUCUCUAAGGACCCCCGAUAUAUGUGCUAUGCAGCAGGAUACGUCCAAAGAUCUUGAAGAAGUUGGAUCUAUCCUCUACGAUGUUGCUGGGGUGAAUUCCAGUACAAACGCGAGGAAGAUUGUCAUAGACGUGUGUGAUACCAUUGCAAAACGUGGUGGGCGCUUGGCUGGUGCAGGAAUAGUUGGGAUUCUCCAGAAGAUGGAAUACGAUUCGAAAGGCCUCAUCUUUGGAAAGAGGACUGUAGUGGCAAUGGAUGGAGGCUUGUAUGAGCAUUACCCCCAGUAUAGAAGAUACCUUCAAGAAGCUGUAACAGAGCUUCUCGGACCUGAAAUCUCAAGAAAUAUAGUAAUCGAACACUCGAAGGACGGGUCAGGAAUUGGAGCCGCUUUGUUGGCUGCUACAAACUCAAAGUAUGAACACGAUUUCUAGAAUUACAACUAGGUAUUGAUCUCAUUUGUAUUAAAUUGAUGAAUAAGUCUAUCUUGGAGAAGGGAUAAUUGUUAGAAUUUUGUAGUGUAAUUUGAAUUACUUAGCAGUGUUUAAGGUUUUAUAGUACCUAGAUCUCUCACAUUGUUGGUGCAUUAGUUUGCAUUGUGCUGACAUUCUUAAUAAUGUAUCAUUACAUUUUAGGGUGAAAA